AACUUCUGAAAAUUUUAUUUAUUUUUUUUUCAAUUUAUUGAUGUGCAUAUAAAUAGUGGAGAGAUACUCUUUUGUCCCCUUUAUUUUAUCUUCCUUUUUUUUUCCUUUCCUUUGCAACGAGAAAUAAAUUCUUUUUGAUUGCGACUGCUCCUUGAAUUUUUUCUCUUUCUUAUAACCACCCUUUGCUUUCGAUCUCAAUAAUGUCCACUGCUUCCUCAACCCAAAAAAUCGCUAUAUUAUCGGUUUACGAUAAGACUGGCUUGUUAGAUUUGGCCAAAGGCUUGAUCAAAAACAAUUUCAAGUUGUUAGGUUCUGGUGGAACUGCCACUUUGAUUCGCAAAAAUGGUAUUGAAAUUGAUGAUGUCUCUGCAAUCACCAAGUUCCCUGAAAUGCUAGGAGGUAGAGUCAAGACUUUGCAUCCUGCUGUUCAUGGUGGUAUCUUGGCCAGAAAUAUCGAUUCCGAUGAUAAUGAUUUAUCAAACUUGAAUAUCUCCAAAAUUGAUAUCGUCGUUUGCAACUUGUACCCAUUCAAGGAAACUAUUGCAGCUCCUGAUGUUACAAUUGCUGAUGCUGUUGAACAAAUUGAUAUUGGUGGUGUCACUUUAUUAAGAGCUGCUGCCAAAAACCAUCAGAGAGUCACAAUUAUAUCCGAUCCAAAUGAUUACUCGGGUGUCUUGGAACAAAUUGAAGAAAAAAACGAAAUUUCUCAAGAUUUUAGAAAUAAAUUGGCAUUAAAGGCCUUUGAACACACAGCUGACUACGAUUCCACAAUCUCUGACUAUUUUAGAAAAGUGUAUUCUCCACAAGUUUCUCAAUUAUCUUUAAGAUAUGGUGCAAAUCCACAUCAAAAAUCUGCUCAAGCCUUUGUGGAAAGUGGUGAUUUACCCUUUAAAGUCUUAAGUGGUUCUCCAGGUUAUAUCAAUUUGUUAGAUGCAUUAAACUCAUGGCCAUUGGUUCAAGAAUUAUCAUCUUCUUUAAACUUACCAGCAGCUGCUUCGUUUAAACAUGUUUCUCCAGCUGGUGUUGCAUUGGGUUUGCCAUUAACCGAUGUCGAAAAAAAGAUAUAUUUUGUGGGAAAAAACGAUUUGCUAUCUCCUUUGGCUAAUGCUUAUAUUAGAGCUAGAGGUGCCGAUAGAAUGUCUUCAUUUGGUGAUUUUAUUGCUUUGUCUGAUAUUGUUGAUGUCGCAACUGCUAAAUACAUUUCAAAGGAAGUUAGUGAUGGUGUGAUUGCUCCAGGGUAUCAACCUGAAGCAUUGGAAAUCUUAAAAAACAAAAAAAAGGGUAAAUACUGUGUUUUACAAAUUGAUCCAAAUUACAAACCAAAUCCAGUUGAGACUAGACAGGUCUUUGGUGUCAGUUUACAACAAAACAGAAACGAUGUGAAAUUAGAUGUUGGAAACUUCAAAAUUAUCUCUAAAAACGCUUCCUUGACCCCACAAGCUAUAACUGAUUUAACCGUCGCAUCAAUUGCUUUAAAAUUCACUCAAUCCAACUCGGUUUGUUAUGCUAAAGAUGGUAUGGUUAUCGGAUUAGGUGCUGGGCAACAAUCCAGAAUCCACUGCACUAGAUUAGCUGGCGAUAAAGCUGACAACUGGUGGUUCAGACAACACCCAAGAGUCUUGGAAAUCAAAUGGGCAAAGGGCGUUAAGAGACCAGAAAAAUCCAAUGCUAUUGAUUUAUUUGUCACUGGACAAGUUCCAACUGAAGAACCAGAAAAAUCUGAAUACGAAAGCAAAUUCGAGACAGUUCCAGUUCCAUUUACCGCUGAUGAAAGAAAAGAAUGGUUGAGCCAACUAACUGAUGUUUCAUUAUCAUCAGAUGCAUUUUUCCCAUUCCCAGACAAUGUUUACAGGGCAGCUAGAUCUGGUGUCAAGUUCAUUACAGCAGCCACUGGUUCAGUUAUGGACCAAGCAGUUAUUGCAGCAGCUGAUUCUCAAGAUAUAGUUUAUCUUGAAAACCCAAUUCGUCUAUUCCACCAUUGAAAAUAUUCUUUAUAGUCUCUAGGUAUAUACGUAUCGCUUUUUUUUUGUUUAAUUUACGAUUUUGACUACUGAGUUGGGUGUUAUGAAGGCAAAAGAGCUGAAGAGUUAACAAGUAGGAAAGAGCCAACACAGACAAAACUAGGUUCAUGUCAUUUUUUUCCGUGGGGAAGAGAAGAGAAGAGAGUAUAAAAAUAUCUGGAAUAUAAGUAGGAUACAAG